AUGCCCCGACGUUCUCAUGUCAACCAUCCGAGGGAAUCGAUUCAAAAUGGGCUCCCUUCCGAUAAUUGUGUUACGUUUACAAUGGCGUUGGAGAAAACCAGUCUUUUAAUGGGGAAGGAAGGAUUCGUGACUGCUGCUAAAUUGCUUGGAGAAAGUCUACACAAGACCUUGAACGAUAAGGAUGGAAUCAUGAAAGAUUUUGGGUCGUUCGAAGAUUUAUUGGCGAAGAUGAUGCCAACGUCAUGGAUAGGGGUUGCGGGAACACCGAAGCUUAAAUUUUACGAUUUGGAUUUUGGAUGGGGGAAGCCGAAAAAGCAUGAAACAAAUUCCAUAGAUUUUAAUGGAUCCAUAUCCAUGGCUGCCUGCAAAGAAUCGAACGAAGACCUGGAGAUUGGUUUGUGUCUUUCUGCUACUGAGAUGGAGGCUGUUGUUAAUGUCUUUAAUGAUGGAUUAGAGGCGUACGUACGUGUAGAUUAA